AAUAGUUCAAAUUUCCUCAUAGAAACUGAACGAUAUCAUCUACAGUUGGUGAACUUGAAUAGAGAGCGCAUUUAAGUGGAUUUCUGACGCAUUUAUACUGUGGUUGUAUCCGUAUUAAGACAUUCGUGAAUUUAUCGCAGUCAACGUAUAUUUAUCCAUAUAGUGGUUUUAUUCUGUAUUUAUGAGUUCUGUAAUCGGAUUAUUUUAAGUAGGGGUCAAAUAUAUUUGUAACCGAUUUGAUAUUAUAAAACAAAAUCGAAAUAACACAUCGGAUUCUUUGACCUCUAAGAUAACCGGUUUUGAAUGAUGAAUUUCUUGGGACAUUUUUGAGGAAUUAAGAAUUUAGUGCAACCUUAUACAAUAUCUUGGAUUUUCUUCAACUUGUCAACAAACUUUUUAACGGAACCCCGUGUUCGCACAGUAUGUUUACCGGUGCGUGUUAAAUACAUAGGAUAAUAGAUUACUAACAACAACAGCUGUACAUUAUGAUGACCAAAAUUCGAUGAACAAAACAGAAAGAUGGUGAAAUCGCAAGAUCUGGGGAAGACUGUUCCUGUAUUUAUUUUGAUAUUAACAAUAUUAUUUGUAGACAAUGCCGCAUCAAUAAACCCAACAUGUCGGAACGAAUCAUUGUAUAUUUCCUAUAAUAAAACAGUACAGCGGAUAAAUGAUGAUAUUUAUUGUUUAAAUCGAACCAACACGAAUGAGAAUGCUGACAAUUUGUGCCAACACGAUUCCGAGAACUUAACGUUUGCUUUAAGUGAUGUUGAAUUAACAUAUAUUAGCCUAGUGGAUACUGAAAAUAUUUCCUGUAUCCAGUUAAAUAAACUCGAUUUACCAGUUAAAGAAACUUGUAUCAAUAUUUCUGCAGAGACCACUGCAGAUCCCAGAAAUAGAUCGGAAAAUCCAGCAGUUAUAUGUAUUGUAUUUAAUAGAGAGGGACCCGUCAUCAUACCCAAUCUGUCAUUCAGAAUAAAUGUGGCAGCAACUGAUAAAGUAAAGAAUGUCUCAGUUCUACUUUCUUCUGUUGAUGGUAUUUCUGACAUCAUCAUACCAGGUAUAGAGACAAGUAAUUCACAAAUCAAUUUUACUGACCUGAUCAAAGUAAAAAGUUUUGAUCCAGCAGUUUUUGAGAUUCAUUCACCAAACCAGUUACUCAGUGAUCAAGAUAUCAUUGUUAAUUUCCAGGCAACAGACGAUGGAAACCCUAAAAUAUCGGAAAACGGUAGUUUUUUGAUUCAAUAUUUUAAUGACACAAUUACAUGUAGUGAUCUAAUGUUUAAAGUGGAUUUAAAAAGUCUUGCUACCAUAAAGAACACAUCUAUUGGUGAACUUGACUGUCAAUCAACAGCUGGAAAUAUUACUUAUAGUAUUGUUCAGGCCACAGAUUUAAUUGUUGGUGUAGAAAAUGAAAGUGAAGUAAUAUUUUACAAUACAACUAUAGAUCAACCUUCGAAUAAAUCAUUAAUUCUAAAUGUUACUUCAUCUACUGGGAGCUAUAAAACUUUUACAUUAUGGGUUAUACUAGGAAAUUCUCCAUCUUUCCAGAACAGUCCAUAUCGAUUAACAUUGAAUGAAACUACAGCAGUUGAGACAUGUUUUAAUGUGGUAGAUAUUAGUCAUGUUGGUACAUUAACCAGCAAUACUGAUAAGUUUGAGUUUACUCAUGGUAAUACUUCCAUCUGUGUCACAGAAUCUCUGAUAUCAAAUUCCCGGUCAGAUUAUAAUAUAACAGGUGAUCUGAAUGUAUCAAAUGAUUUUGGUAUGGAUUCAUCUCAGUUAUUUGUGGAAGUUAAAACUGUGCUUAUUCCACCAAUAAUUAAUAUAACCAAAUCUAAUGUCUAUGUUAAAGAUAACACACCAUCAGGAACAAUUGUUUUAACCAUUCAAGUUAUACCCAAUGAUGCCGAAUUGACAAUCGUGAGGAGAGAUGGAAGUGUUAGUCCUCCAUUUUCCUUGAAUAAGCAGUCAGGUGAUGGUGGAUUGUGGGAAUUAAAACUUGAUAGUGAUGUGACUGGUAAAGCAGACACAACUUACCAAAUAAACUUACAGGCAACAAGUACUAUUGGUGAUAAAUCCAAUGAAUCUGUCAGUAUAUUUAUAAUAGAUGAUACUGUACCGGUGUGUACAAGUUAUGAUAUACCUAGAGAUUUACCUAUAGAUUCAUCUGUUGAUACAUUAAUAACAACUUUACAAUGUAAUGAUAGUGAUGGUGAUGAUAUCAACUAUACUUUUACAAGUGAUACACCACAAUAUAUACAAGAUCAUUUUUCAUUGAGUUCCAAUUCUGUAGAACUAACCGUAAAACUGAAGCGUGAGUUGUCUGACCUUACCUUGGAACAAUUGAAAAACCUGGAAUUUCGUAUCAGAAUUGGUGAUACCAAUAAGAGUGUAAAUGCAACUAUUAGACUGACAAUAACUGUUCCAAAUCCACCUGUUUGUAAUGGUGAGAUACCAAUAACUAUAACAGAGACAACAAACCCUGGUUCUUGUCAAGAUCUACAAACUUCAUGUUCAACUACAUAUAAUCUGAAUCUAACUUACUCUCUGGUUGAUAAUGCCUACCUUAGCUCAGGCAUCCAGACCAAAAACAGCGGGAAAAUAGAAAUUUGUACCAAUUCUACUAGUCAAAGUUUUCCUGCUGGAAGCUACUCAAUAUCUGCACUUGUCAGUGAUGGUUUUCAAAAUGUUACUACCAGUGUUAAUCUAACAAUAGAAGCAGUCAAUCAGUUUUCACCGGUCUUCGAUAGUGUAGUUAACGGUAUGGACACCAUCUUUGUCAACGAAACCAAACAACAAGGCAAACCAAUCUAUUCAUUUACAGUAACUGAUCAAGAUGGUGGAGACUUUGGUCAGUUCAAUGUUGAAGCUUUUGAUCUUGGUUUAGCAUUCUCUAUGAAUUCAACGGGCAACGUAUACACCAUUUUCCAUAACCAUCCCUUAAAUAGUGCCGACUUUCUGUCCAAGAAUGUUUCAUUUGUCGCUACAGACACUGGUGGCCGAUCAUCAAAUUUGAAUUUAACCAUAAAUAUAAUAGAUAUCAACGAAGCACCUGUUUGUCAAAUUAUCAGGAUAUUUAAUGUUUCUGUUCUGACUGCUACUGGUACAACAAUAGGUGAAUUGGACUGCAUGGACAAUGAUACAAAAACAGAAUAUAAACAGAUUCAAUACAGUAUAGUCCAGCGAACACCAAAUACAGUACCUUUCAGAGUUGGAGUUAAUGGCUCCAUCAAUGUUAUCGAAAGUCUACUAAAUCAACCAAGCGUUAUAGAUUUUGUUGUUUCUGCAUCUUCUCUAGAUCUAACAACAUAUAUUAAUAUAACGGUCAAUAUAGAACGCAAUUUUCCACCUGUAUGUAACACAACUAACCUUCAAACUGUUUUCCUUGAAACUACGACUCGCUGUAAUCAAGAAAAGAUACGAUGUAAUAGUUCGGUUGAUACAACGUUCACAUGGACAAUAUUUAACAAUCGUACAAAUGACUUACGUGUUAAUGUUGACAACACUACUGCUGGUAUUCUAGAUAUCAGAAUGUGUCUUCCACAUCAAAUACGGCGUAACAUAUUUAUGGACACAGUUAGAAUUGAAGUCGGAAACGGUCUGGGAUCAGAAACCAUAAACUGGGCUGUAGAAGUCAAAGAUGUAAAUGAAGCGCCACGGUUCGAAAACGACACCUAUGAUAUUGAUGUUUUAGAAACUACUGCCAAUGGUACAAAUAUUGCAAUGAUUGAUUUUGUACGGGCUUUUAUUGAUACGAGUGCUGACCCCCUGCACGUCAUUCAACUUCUUGACCCAGAUAUUGAAGACAAAUUUAGAGUAAAGAAUAUUCACGGAUCAGCCAUACUCAUAGAUAAACUCAGCAAUCAAGAAGUUCCUAGUUUAACAAUACCGAUACAAUAUGCCAACCAAGAUUUUGAUAUUAUUCGUCCUUUAGAUCCAAGAUAUAUUGUUGAAUUCACUAUUCAGGCUUCUGAUGGAGGGAAUCUAAACGCAUCAGCGAUCGUUAAUUUCAAAAUAAAAGAUGUGAAUGAAAAGCCAUCUUGUACAACAUAUGAUGUUGCAUUAUCUAUAAUAAGAAGUACAACAGCAGAUGAUUUUCUUACAGUACAAUGUAAUGAUACUGAUGUUGAUCCAAAUUUUAAAAAUCUUCAGUAUUCUAUAAUAACCCAACCAUAUCCAGAUGUAUUCAAAGUUCGAACUUCUGGUGCAAUGUAUUUAGGUAAGAGAUUACCACGUGAGACAGGUCAGCAUAUUGUAACUAUACAAGCUAGAGAUAAUGGUACCCCACCACUUAGUUCCACGGCUACAGUGACAAUAAAUGUUAAUAGAGAUGUAAGUGCUGUGUGUAAUCCAGUAGUAACACCUCCUCAAGUUUGGUUAAAAGACGAAUGUACCACUAUUGAUAGUGGAUGUACUGACCCUACUACUGACCCUGGAGAUACAUCAACAUUAACUUAUGUAUCUACCGGUGACUACAUUCCAGACUUCUACGUUUACAAUUCAACUUUCGAUGGAUCAAAUGGUAUUCUUAGACUCUGUUAUAAUAGAUCAGUUAAUGGAGAUUAUCAGGCUUCUAUAAGAGUUAAUAAUGGAUUUAAGAAUAUAACGUUGCCUUUUAAUAUAUCCGUCUUGUAUUUACAAUCGGUACCUGUAUUCUCACAGCAACGUUACACUACAACAACACGAGAAGAUAUAGCAAUAGGCACAAAGAUAAUAGCUGUACAUGCAGAAUCAGCCGGUAACUUCUCUGGGAACGUUACCUAUUCAAUAAAAGGGGAAAACUUGGCAGGGUUUGAAAUUGAUGAAAAUGGAACAUUAAUAACCACAUCAUCAUUAAAACGAUUCAGCAAUGAAGAAAUAAUUUUAACUGUUGAGGCUGAAGAUGAUCGUUCCCGCCUGGCAUCUAGUGUAACUGUUACUAUAGAUGUUACUGAUAUAAAUGAAAAACCAGUAUGUUCAGACGAUCGUUCAGUUAAAGUGACGGUUGAUGCUUCUGUUAGUGUAGGAUAUGUUGUUUAUAGAUUUAACUGUACUGAUUCAGAUAGAAAUCCAAAGUUUGAUCAACUGACACCAAAUUUAAAUGGUUCAACAUACUUCCGUCUAUCACCUGGAACCCAGAAUAUCGAAACAAAGUCUCAACUUCCUGUGACCAGUAGUCCUACAUAUUUAACAUUUAGUGUUACUGAUGGACUUUUGACUACCAUUAUAGAUGUUACUGUGAAUAUAUCUUUUCAACCAUCAGUACCAAAAUUAACUGUUUCUGAACUUGGAAUCUACAAUGUGGAGUUGUGUUGGUCUUAUGAUAGACCUGAAUCCCAGAAUCUAGUAUUAAGACAUAUAUUGGAAGUUACAUAUAGCAGAACCGAUAUCCGGUAUAUCAAACUAGAUCGAUCUAAUACAUCUUAUAACGUAACCGAUCUUAAAGCAGCCAAUCUUUAUCAAUUCCGGAUCAUAGCAGAAACCAACAAUAAUAACUUAACGUCACUUAAAGAAUUUGUUACUACACUAGAAAUCCCCAUCUUGACCACGGUGUUGGUUGGAUUUAGAGUAACCAAUCGGGACUGGAAUAACAUCAUGGUAAACAACAAAUCACAGGCAUACAUUGAUUUAAAACGGGAAGUAGAAACAAAUUUAACAGUUGGACUUUCUGAAGAUAAAGGUCUACAUAAGACAGAAGUAAUAAAUAUGAGACCUGGAAGUGUUAUAUUUGAUGCUGUUUUUUUUGUUAAUCAAACUGGUACAGUCAAUGAGACUAUAGCCAAUUUCCGAGAUAGCAUAUAUACUGGUGCUGUAGGUACAUUGAUCACUGAUACCAGAUCUGGAGUAGCCUAUCGAGGAGCUCAGUAUAUUUCUACACCAACAUUACAUCUUGAGGCGGGAGACCCUAAUCAUCUGAAAGAAGGGAUUAUUAUUACAUACGCCUGUACAUUUAGAAUGGUCAGCUUAUCAGGCAACACUGGCGUCAAAGUGGAGUGGUUCAUAGAUGACUCUCCCCUGAUUUUGAGUCAUACAUCGAGAAUUCAGUUGGCAAAUUUUCCUGUUACUAAUGAUAGAUUUGGAUAUCUUUAUACUCUUACAUUUAAUAAAACAGCACCAAGUCAUACAGGAAGCCUGAAAUGUGAGAUUACCAGCGUUGAGAAUUCGAGUGUAACAAUAUCUGCAUCAACAAAUGUCAAUAUUAUAUCAAAACCUGUAGUCACCCUGUGGCCGUUGACAGUAUUUUUAAAUGGUGGAGGUACUGUGACGUUACGAUGUACAUCUGUUCUAGCAAGUAGUGCACCUGUUACCUAUAGCUGGUUUAAUAUUAACACUAAUUCUAUUGUAGCAAACGAAAAUACAGACACCUUAUCAGUAACAGUUCAGAACUCGGAUAGCGAGUAUUAUUGUAUUGUUUCUAAUGCUGCUGGACAGACAAACAGUUUAACUGCAGCAAUUCAUUAUGUUCCCCCAAAUGACGAUCGACCCUGUUCUGAAAUAACUGACAUAAGGAAUACAACAUGGCCGUCUGCACAUAGAGAUGCAGAUGUAAAAUUAGAAUGUGGCCCUGGUUAUGAUGGCUUGGCUCGUAGACAUUGUUCUUCUAGUGGAAUGUGGUUACAACCUGAUUACUCAAACUGUAAGAAGACAAACUUGGUUAUAUUGAAGCGAAAGACAGAAGAUGUAAAAGAGGGUAAAGUUGUUGAAGUACCAGAAGAUACAUUAAAGACUUUGGUUAAUUUAACAGUUGAAGCUAGAAGGUUUUCAGCUGGGGAUGUAGAAACAACUAUACAAAUAUUACUAGAUAUUAUAGAUAUAAAUAAUGAUAAUGAAUCCAAAGUUAUAGAGAAACCAGAAUUGGAGAAUUUUGCUAAAUCAGCUAGUAAUAUAUUAGAUGCUGAUGACGAGGAGUGGAGCACACUGUCAGAACAGAAUAAGAGUGGUCUAGCUGCUAUGCUAGGUACAGUUGAUGAUAUGGCUAAACUAACCAGUAGUCGUCUAAGGACUAGAACACCAAUAACGGCAGUGACAACUAAAAUAGUCAUUGAAGUUGGAAGAACGUCAUUAAGUGAUAUUGAAUUUCCUAGAAUGAGUGCUACUGACUACCCAUCAUGGGUGUCACAGUCAAAGAAUCAAGUUUUCUUACCAAAAGGUGCUCUAGCUGCACAUUUUGAAGAUGAUACUGAAGUUGGUUAUAAUGCUGUAUUUUAUAAUGAUGUUACAACUAUAUUAGAAGAUAUGGUUUUACAACAAGGUGGAACAGAUAAUAUGUAUAACAUCAGUGGUUUCGAUAUUAACAGUAAAGUUUUAGCUUUUUCUGUUGAUAUGUUACAUGAGAAGAAAUUAAACCCACCAAUAACAUUAACAUUUCAACAUAUGGCUGAAAAUUACUCAAAUCCUCAAUGUGUAUUUUUGAAUCUAAGACCACCAUAUGAGAAUGUAGGAAGAUGGUCAAGUGAAGGAUGUAUAGCAGAAUCAUCACCAGAUUCUAAUGUUACUAUCUGUAAAUGUGAUCAUUUAACUAACUUUGCAAUUUUGAUGAGCCCUGGCAAAACUCCUUUACAUCAUCAGGAAGCCUUGAGUAUAAUCUCCAUUGUUGGUUGUGCUGUAUCAUUGUUCUGUUUAUUACUUACUAUAUGUAUCUACAUUUACUUAUGGAGAUAUGUGAAGAGUGAUAAAGCUAUAAUAUUAAUGAACCUAUGUGUAACAUUGAUCAUUUCCUAUGUUCUGUUCAUCGGUGGUGUCAAUCAAACAGAAAACAAGGAUGUUUGCACAGCGGUGUCAGCUUUAUUACAUUUCUUCUAUCUCGUGGUCUUCUUCCUCAUGUUAGCUGAAGGUGUAGAGGUCUUUAUAUCAGUGGUUUAUGUUUUCGCUACAAAAUCAAGAUUAAAAUGGAUUAUGUUAGGAAGCUGGGGUUUUCCAGCUUUAAUAGUUGGUAUAUCACUAGGUGUAACACAAUUAGAAGGAUAUGGAAACAAACACUUUUGCUGGUUGUCUUUAGAAUCAGGGUUGUUAUGGGCAUUUGUUGGACCGGCCAUUUUUGUUAUUGUGGUUAAUAUGUGUAUCAUGAUAAAAGUAUUAACUGUCAUGUUUAGUACAACUACUAUGGUAACUAAAACUAUGAAGGAGAAGGGAAGAACUGGAAUAAAAGCUUUAUGUGUUUUGUUACCUAUCAUGGGAUUAACCUGGGUAUUUGGUGUGUUCUCGGUUAAUGAAGAUUUAGUCACCUUUCAAUAUCUGUUUGCUAUUUUUAACUCGCUACAGGGUCUGUUUAUUUUCAUCUUCCAUUGUCUGAUGUGUAGACAGGUUAAAGAUGGGUUUAAGAUUAAGAGAAGGCGGUACAGAGCUAAAUCUGUUGAUACUACAAAAUCAUUUACACAGGUACCUUUACAUAAUCAAUCUAGAAGCACUUCAGAAACAAAUGAUAAACCAACCAAUGAUCUAGAUAAAAAGACAUCUCCAUUCAACGAAAUAGAUAGACAGGUCCAACAAUUGGCACUGGCACAAAAACUAGCCAAGGUUGACAACAAUAAUAUUAAAGCCAAUCAAAGGAAAGAUAACAUCGCACCUGAUGACAAGGUGAUUAACCAAUCACGAACGAUCUUUGACGAUAUACCUAUCGAAUCUGAGCCCGAGCCUGUUGUUCAGGAGCCAAAAACUUUCGAAGAUAUGUAUGUAUCAGUAAAAGAUAUAGAUUUAAGAAAAACUAUGGAGCGAGAAAAACGAGAUUUUCCGAAUAAACCAACUAAUGCCAGUAAAGGUUUCUCAUCCAGUGAUCACUCCUCCAGAAAGCGCGAAGAGCCAGGUCCUCGUCCUGUCAGUCAGCACACUUAUGAUAAAUUGUCACCCAGGGACGUAGGAAUACCUCACGAUUACACAAGACUUGAUAAAAGUAAGACUAGACCCGGAUAUGACCCAUUUGUAAACUCAACACAAGCUUUACCUAGAAAGAUGCCUAGUAUAGAAGAUAACUCUAAACAACAAGGGUAUUAUCCCAGUUCAUCAGAUUACUUGCCUCAGACUGUGCCAGCUUUGAACCGUGAUCUAAGUCCACCAAGACGACAAGAGUAUAGUAAACCACCAGCAGUUGCACCUAAAUCUAAGCCAAGACGAGAUGAAGAAGAUGAUAAUGGAGGUAAUGCUUAUGAUGCUGUUGAUGCCUAUUAUAUUGGUCCUAAAACUAAACCAUCAAAGGUGCAGGAAUACCCAGCAAAAAGUAAAAAGAAAAGCUCAUCUAAUCCUAAUCUCAGUCAACAGCCAACUUAUCCUGAACAAUAUCCACCAACUGAUAAAUGGGCCAAAUUAAAAGAAAACAAAAUGAAGGUCCAACAACCUUACAGAGAGGGUCCCAUGUACGACAGCAGACAACGUAUGCAGAGUCAUGAUGAUUUAUCUGCCUACAAAUCACAUGUUUAUCAACCAUUUGUCGGGGUUCAGGCAGCCAGAGGACGGCCACAGCCUAGACCUGAACAAAGAUAUGAUAUGGGUUGGCAAGAACCUAGAAGCAAUUAUCGUUAAUAAGUAUUAUUGCGCAAAUGAAUUAUAAAGUAAUCCAUACAGAAGUUUUGCGGUCUGGAUUUUUUUUUUAUGUAUAACAUGGUGUAGGACGUAUAAGACUUACAAAGACUACAACGACGAAGUAACUCCGAGCAAUCUGCAAAUAACUACUAGCAAUUGUGUGAAUGACAGACUUCCAUGACUGUUAAUGUUAUCCGUUUAUAAACAUAUUUUAUGCAAAUAUGUAAAGAUAUAUCAGCCAGAAUUUAUUUCAUCUGGGAUAUAGAUUUAUACAUAGGAUGUAGGCCUGCUGAUCAACAAGUACAGAACUAAUUUUGUUAUCAUAUUGAUAUAGUACCCAUGUGACUAAUACUGUUAUACUAAAUGGUAGUAAUUAAUACUUCCUGUAUGGUGUAUCCAUUGGGAACCACAGAAUUAAAUUAUUCAGCUGUGUAUUUUAAUGAUAGAUGAUACAAGUAAUAUUCACCUGUGUUAAACUUUUUAGACUGUGUUAUUUAGUGUAUAUUGACUUGUUUUAAUAGUAAAAACACUAAUAACGACUUCAUUUACAAGGAUCUAAUGUAUAUUGUUGUUUGUGGUCAGUGUUGUUUUAACAGACUUUUGGGACCAAUUCGCCUAACCUGCUAUUUAUUUACCAAUAUUGAGGUGUAGAAGGAGAAAUUGACCUGUGAAAUGGAUUGAAAACAAGAAAGGAAUGGAUAUUAUUGGAUUAAGUUAUUGGUGUAAUAAUUAUUCGGCAUAUAAUUAUAUAAGAUUGAUAUAAUUUAGUGACAUUUACAAGUUAUUUCAUGAAUAAUUUUUUUGUAAAUAUCAAGAAUGGUGAAAUGGGAACCACUAAGCUAAAAUCAAUCUAAUAGAAAAAGUCAUAAUUAUGGUUUAGGAUAACCCUAGAUUGGGAUAUUCCAAAAUUGAAAAUAAUAUUUAUCAACUAUAUAUAACAGAACCACAUUUAUAAUGUUGUAAGUACAGAUCUCUACCUGAGCAGAGAAGAAUCAUAGGCAAACCCAAGGAGAGGGGGUAGAGUCGGUAUAUUGCUCUGGGGCCCCAUGAAGCCCCAGGGGUCCCAUAAAUAUGUAUUCAAUUUUUUUUAUGUUAACAUGAUCUGAUCCCUGAUGCCCUUCUCUGGAAGUGGGUGGGGGAAGGCGGCCAGAAUUUGCCUUGCUUCGGCGCAUAAAAAUUCUCUCAGUGACCCUGCUUAUAUGGGUUUUCAAGACUGGUCCUCACCAUCAACUCUCGACAGUUUGUAUUUAAGGAUGAAGAGUUGGCGAAAAUUUUACUGCCCAUGCAAAAUCUUGUCUAUGGCAUUGCACACAUGACCCCUAGAAACUAAAUAACGUUAUUCUUAGUCCCAAAAUGACUUUAGUAUUGUGUUGACAAGACUUUAAAACUCCAUUCCUUUCCGAACCAUAUUUAUUUCCCAUUAUCUACCCCCUGGCUGGCAUUAAUAGAGUCUAUAAUACAGGCUAAUAAAUAUACAAAGACGAUAUAUGACGUGUGUUCAUAUAAAAUUGUGCAAUUUACUGAACCGUAGAGACAAUAUGUCAUCUCGCAAUCAUUUUAAUCUGCUAUAUAUGUAAUGAUGAAUUAAAUGGGUUAUCUCCCCUUAAUUAGAAAAAAAAGUUAAAUUAUCUGACAGUUGAUAAGUCAAAAGACAAUCUUUAUUGUUAUCUUUUUGGACUUGCAAUCUCCAAAAACUAGUUCAUUUACUUUCUGUUGUGUACUUUGAUUUCUAUGUUAAGAUACAGAUUGAAAUAAAGGUGAAUUUUUCUCAGGUAAGGGAGAUAACCCAUUUAUUAAUUGAUCUAUGAUAGUCAUCACAAAUCAAGUACUUAAUAACCAAGCAAUAACAAAUUUUAUUAUAUAACAGUCUUUUAAUAAAACAAUAAUUUGUAAUUACAUUUAUUUUAUAUGCAUGUAAACAUUUUUUAUAUAAAGAUCAUCACAAUAAUCAUUGACAUAUUUAUAUAAGUUUUUUUUUGUAUCAUCAUUUUAUAUUUCUUUCAUUCAUUUGGAAACUAGAAUAAA